CAGAAAAUCCGGAACAGCAGCCACUUCGAUAAUCAAUAGCGUCUCACUCUGACAUGUCCUGGAAUCUCUCGCGCCCCAGGCUUUUCGCACCACUAUAGCCAACCAGGAUGAACAAGGCGCAUUACCUCAUCCACGGUGAUCCUGUCACUCUACCCUGCGGUUUAACUUUGGCGUGCGCGCUUGCACCAGAAGAGACAUCGUUUGGUCUGCGAGUAAAACCGAAAGGAGGCAUGGGCUAUGGGAAAUUAUUCUGACGUCCUUGCAGCAUAACUUGCAAUUCGUGGAGCCAUGGGUGUUUUUGUUGGAUUUCUUAUCAAUGAAAAAUAUCUCAAGAUGUGUCGGUCUAAUCCAGCCAGUCCCUUUGUUGAGGCUUUUCUGCCGUUUUCGAUCUGCUGAGGGAAGCCAGAGAUCUGGAUAGCACGGUGGUCGACCUGAGGUGGCUAUGCUUCAAUAACCUCCAUCGCAAUAGAGCGUGUCAGAUUGCGUGAAUUGACGAAGGAACACAAUAACCCAAAUCAAUGAAGAUUCUGAGGCUUUUCCUGAAGAAAGGUGCGCAUAUGCUGCAGUGUCUCUGUGGAAAGCGAUCGAAGUCGACUACAACCACGAGCGAGCCGCAGCUGAAGGGCAUUGUGACGCGACUGUUCAGCGAGCAGGGCUUCUACCUGCAGAUGAAGCCGGACGGCACCAUAAAUGGGACCAAGGACGAGAACAGCGACUACACUCUGUUUAACCUCAUCCCGGUGGGGCUGCGGGUGGUAGCCAUCCAGGGGGUGAAGGCCGGCCUCUACGCAGCCAUGAAUGGAGAGGGCUUCCUCUACACCUCAGACUUGUUCACAGUAGAGGCGAAAUUCAAGGAGUCUGUGUUUGAGAACUACUACGUCAUCUACUCAUCAACACUGUACCGGCAGCACGAAUCUGGCAGGGCCUGGUACAUGGGCCUCAACAAGGAUGGCGUGGUCAUGAAGGGCAACCGGGUGAAGAAGACCAAGCCCUCUUCACACUUUGUGCCCAGACCCAUCGAAGUUAGCAUGUACAAAGAGCCAUCGCUGCAUGACAUCGAGGAGAAGGGCCGCUCACGGAAAGACUCAGGAACUGAGGCUCCCGCUCUCUUAAACGGAGGAGAAAAAGUGGCGGGCCAGGACUCCACAGGGCAGGACGGUGGCUCAUAGCCUGCACAUCGCCCCAUUGAUAUCUUACACCUUGUUCAACGACAACAACAACGACGAUAAAUGAGAACACAACAAAAUAUAAAAAAUAAACAUAUUUUAAAAUCAGGACGUUGAAUUGACAUUUUAUGCAAAAGCCUGAUGCGAGUGUGGCACCAGGAAACUCAUCCUCCUUAUCAUGACAAUGUCAAUGUUUCAAAGUCAAGCUCUAAAAUAAGCUUUAAACCAUGCUAGUUCACACAUCUUGAUUUAAUGAAUGUGACAGCACUUUCAUUGUGUUGUUAUAAUCAUUAAUAAGAAUUGUAUUGUAAUUGAUUUAGGGCUCUAUUCAAUCUGAUCGACUUUUGUCGGCAUACGUAUAGCGGUCGUCUUGGCGGUGUCGGAGAUGGAACUGCGCUAGAGCUGUCAAAUCGACAUGCGGCUCCUGGCAUUAUACCUAAAGCAGACAUUGCCAUUAAGAGAAAUCCCAUGCAGCCUUGUUUACAAGUUCGAACACAGGAAUGUGAGAUUAGGCUGAUAGAAAUCCUCAUAAUUUCGUUUAAAGAUUUUCAAUUUGAGCGUCAUAUUUUCUCUAUAUCCUACACUUUCUCAUUCUGAACUCGGGUGUGGCUUCAUGACAAUGAUCAAGAGCAGCUGCUCACAGAUUUGACAGCUCCAACACAGUUACACCUCCCACACUGCCAAAACAUCAGCUAUGGGGGUGUCGGCUAUCGCCGGUUAAAGCUUGAUCUGAUUGACUCUAGGCCUAAGAUUCUUUCCCCCUCCCUCCUAUCAUUACGAUAAUUUUCCUUUUGGGUUGGAGGAGGGGAGUCAUGGCGGGGUAAAGGCAGGGGUUUGGCACGGGGAGGUUUGAGGGUCUCUUCUACAGACACUGCUUUCAUAGGGGAAUAGGCGUGUAUCACAAAUCCUGCUCUCUGAUUUGAUAUGAUGCUCAUUGGGAAUGGGAAGGGGAUGGGCCAGGGGUAUCACUGGGGUAGGGGGUUUAGCUACCUGUCCAAAGGUAGGCUGGUCACGUGGUACAGUUUAGUAUUAUUGUUAUCCACUUGAGCUGUUAGUGCAGCCACUGUUCUCCUGCACUCACAGAGCAGUCACGCUGGUACAGAAGUUUCUGUGAGACAGACAUAUGUAGAGUUCCGAUACUGUACAGUAGUCAAGGAUUCUUUUCUUUUUUUUCUUUUUUUUUCACCAAGAAACAGUGUACAGAGUAUGAAACUCUGAAAAGGAAGUCUUAUUAUUGGUG